UAACCGUUAUAAAAUUUCUGAUCCGAAACGAAAAAGGUUUUCACCAAGUUAAAAUCGUUCCACAAACUCUAAAAAUCUUCCGAAAUGAAUAAGGACGCUUUAGCUGAAAUGUACAAGCACAUUUACUACUCAGAUAAGUACUACGACGACGAAUUUGAGUACAGGCAUGUUGUGUUACCAAAAGAAUUAGUUAAAUUGGUUCCUAAAUCGCAUUUAAUGAGUGAGAAAGAAUGGAGAAGUAUUGGGGUACAACAAAGUAAAGGUUGGGUUCAUUAUAUGACGCAUGCACCAGAACCCCAUAUUUUAUUAUUUAAACGACCAAUAAGUACCCCUCCAACUGAAAAUUGCGUAGAAAAUUGAAGACAAUCAAAAGCUUUUUAUUGUAAAUAACUUUUCCUGUAUUAGUUUAAUAUUAUUAGCAUUAUUUAUGUAAUCUCACUAAUGAAUUAAUCAUUACUCACUCCAUCCGAGUUAUUUAAGCGAAUGUAUAUUUUUUUAUUGCACUUUCUUAGUUAAAUAACAAGGGAGAAUAAAAUGUAAUAUUAAUAUUAAGUUUAUUUUUGCCCAUUAAAAAAAUAUUUCAUCUUA